GUCACGGGGGGCGGUUCCUGCAGAGCUUAAGAAGGGCUGAGGACGGGGCUGGCGGACAGAAGGAGACAGCCCCAGCCGGCGGCGUUCGCUCUCUGGAAGGAGGGAAGGAAGGAAAACCAGCCCCUGUUGCUGCCCUCCCGCUGCUGGCGAUGGAGCCGGUUCCUCUCCUCCUCCUCCUCAGCUUGCUGAGGGGCUGCGGCGGGCGACCCACUGAGAAGCUGGUGGUGACGCCGCAGCAGCCGGUGGUGCAGUACGGGGGCUCGGUGCAGCUGAACUGCUCCCUGCCCUGCGCAGAGGGCACGGUGCAGUGGAAGGGGCUGGACACCAACCUGGGGAGCAUCACCUCCUUCCCCACCCACAGCAUCCUGCACAUCAGCAGCGCCGUGGUGGCCAUGGAGGGCACCCAGAUCUGCCAGGGGACCUGCCGUGGGCAGCACUACCAGGAAGCUGUCAACCUGAAGGUCUAUGCCCUCCCGGACACGCUGCAGCUGGACACAGAGCCUCAAGCCCUGGAGCCAGGGCAGCCGGCCACCCUGCACUGCUCAGCCCAGCAGGUCUACCCGCUCAUGGGGCUGGCGCUCACCUGGUACCGGGGGGACCAGGCGCUGAGGGUGGCGGAGUUGGACCCCACGGAGACCGAGGAGCAGCUGUUUAACAUCACGGACAUGCUGUCAGUAGCUGGGAAGGAUGUGGGAGAAGGGGUGGAGUUCAGGUGCGAGGUGACGCUGAGCAUCGGGCAGGAGACCCUCACCCGGGUGGCAUCUGUGACGGCGAGCGCUGGGGCUGUGACAGAGCAGCCGGUGGCCAUGGCCACGUCUGUGGAGAGCCCCUGGACAGCGGCGGCUACGAUGGAGAGCCCCAGCACAGCCAGCCUUGUGACCACCACAGCGCUGCCCCUGGAGCCAAGUGUCCCCACACAGGAUCCCACCACAGCACAGGGACCCAUCGCUGAGACCAUCCUGGAGCUGGCUGCAGCCACCAAACCCCCCUCCACAGAGCGCCCUGCUCCCCGGGACCUCCUCACAGGCAGCCCCACGGCACGUCUGGCCACCACCUCGCUCCCCAGCUCCAGCACCACAAGCCCCCCAGCUGAGGCAUGGGGGACGGCUGGGGACAGCAUCAGCUGGGGCUCUACCCAGGCAGGGAAGGGGAUGGGGCUGCCCGUGGGGACGGUGCCCGCCUGCAGCCUGCGGAUUUGGUCACUGCCUCCCAACGGGACGCGGGGCAGGGCCCUGAGCAUCGAGUGCCACGCACAGUGCACCGGGAACGCCACCGUCCGCUGGCUGCGGACCCCCGUGGCCCUCUCGCAGUACCAGGAGGAGGUGGCAGGCAGCAGCUCCACGCUGCGGCUGGACCGCGCUGAGCCCCAGCACCAGGGCCAUUACCAGUGCGUCCUGCUCGGCCACCGCUCCCAGGUGGUCAGUCUGCAGCUGACGGUCUCAGACGACGGGGACAGCACGGACCCUGCUGUUGCUGCGGGGACAACGGUCUCACUGUUGGGGCUGAUUGUGACCAGCGUGGUGUCCCAUCGCCUGUGGAAACGGUUCAGAUCUCAGUACGAGCUGUCCUAGGAGCAGGAGCUGCCGACAGAUGCCCACAGCCCCCCGGGCCUCCCUGCUGCUGCCCCUUCAGGCACCGGGCUCCCAGCAGGGGCUGGCGGAGCUGGUGGGGCGCGGGGUGCUGUGGGGAGAGCCGGGACGGGAACAGCCCCCGUCCCAGGACACAUCCCGGGGUC